AUGAUGCAAUUGAGCGACACAACCGAUUCUACCAAACUCAGUUAUUGGUUAAAUUGGAGGGUUUAUCUAUGUGUAUUUUCUGUUUCGCUAUGUAUGGUUCUUGCAUGUUUUACGAUAUGGAAGCGUGAGAGUUCGCGGAACCUCACAUUUGACAAACAAGAAAACCAACAAGAUAGAGAUUUGUGUGGUGAUGAAGCAUGGAAGCCAUGCCUUAAAAACAUUCACCCUGCUUGUUUGCUAGCUUUUCGAGUUGUUUCGUUUACUUAUCUUUUGGCGUCGCUAAUUGUGAAACUUUAUGCCAGCCGUGGCGUAACAUUUUACUAUUAUACUCAGUGGACCUUCACUCUGGUUACCAUUUAUUUUGGGUGUGGAUCUAUGCUAUCAGUUUACGGGUGUUAUACGUGUAGAAAAUCAAGAGACGCAAAUAUUAAUGAUGAUAUUACUAGAAUAGAUGCAGAGCAAGGUCCAGAAUUGCCUCUCUUAUACCCCAAUGCCACAAAUGUAUCUAGAACGGAACGCCUAGCGGAUCCUCACAUUAACAUACAAAAGAAUCAAAUUGCACCCAUUUGGAGUUACAUUUUUCAUAUUUUAUUCCAGAUUAGUGCAGGAGCCGUCAUGUUUACGGAUUGCGUUUAUUGGCUCAUUAUUUUUCCAUUCCUUACCCUGAGAGAUUAUGACUUCAACUUUAUGACAGUGAACAUGCAUACAGUAAAUUUUGUAUUGCUCUUUAGCGAUGCUGUUUUAAAUUGCAUGCGAAUACCUUGGUCUGGGAUGUCUUUCUUUGUGUUAUGGACAGGUGUUUACGUCAUUUUUCAGUGGAUAAUUCAUGCUUGCGUCUCAAUUUGGUGGCCUUACCCAUUUCUUGAUUUGGCAUCACCUUAUGCACCCUUCUGGUACUUGAUGCUGGCAUUAAUGCAUAUUCCAUGUUAUGGCUUCUUUAUGCUGAUUCUAGAAAUGAAACAUUAUUUCUUAUCCAAAAGGUUCCCGUCCUCUUAUGAAUGCUAA